UGUAGGAAUGGAUCCAUUAGGCAUUAUCUUAUUUACUCGUGACUUGAUGUGAACUGUGAAUUCUAUUUACGAUUAUUAACCCAUCUCUAGCGCACAUGUUGUUACCAUUUAAAUUGAAAUGGAGCCAAAGUUUGUGUUGCCCUCCCCAAAUUUUAACAAAAACAGUAAAGAGCCAAGCAAAAACAAUCUGCACUAUCUAACGCCAUGUGGCAUGACGCUGCUGCCACGCAGCAAACAGCCGCCACCCAUGUAUGGGGCACGCGGCAGCACUGUGCCUGCCAAGUACUUGAAGCCGGAGCAGCCACAGAACACCAACAUAAAUACAGUCACAUUAGAUGCACCGACAAUAUGCGUAUCGCCGCCUCGUCCUGAAUUUUGUGGCAACUGCAACAUGGGCUUGGCCAAUGCACAAGACAUGCGAAGGCAUUUAGAACAGCACGAAGAUUGUCCAGCAGAUGAUUGUGAUUUCGCUGCCUUGGCCAGCAUAUUAGAGCGUCACAUUGAAGCUAAUCACAUCACAGGCUUGUACAAAACUGUAAAGCGAGUGUGGACGCCAGAGGACAUUGCCGCUUGGCGGGCAGAGCGAUGCAAACGAUUUCCAACGACGGCUAACGUGGAGUUGGCCAAACGUGCCAAAGAGCAGCGUCAGAAACGUGGUGAGCGCUUGGAGGCGUCUAAAGCGCGUUUCGGAAAGGCGGAAGAUCGACGGCGCACGCGGCCGGAGAGCAAUAACAAAGAGCGUGUCAAGCUAAACAAGAGACAAAAAAAGAAUACAAGACCAGUUUCAACACAGCAGCAGCCGGCAAAGCAGACUGAGAAUAAGACACCGCCUGUAGAGCAAGAUGCUGGUAUUGACGCCGAAGCAGCACGAAAGUUUCGUGGCACUGGCCAAAUGAAGGACUACAAACAUGUGAAGGAAAAUUCCAAAAAAGAGACGAAUGCAUUAAGCAGUAUGUUAGGCAUGUAUGGCACAGACUCUGAGGAUGAAGAGGAAGAUGAAAUAACAGAUGAGGAAGUGAAUGAUGCAUCCCUUGAAACUUUAAUAGAACCUAAGGAAGACGCUGAAACUGAGCUACCGACUUUGGAUAAUAAUGUAGAAACAGAAAUUGAGACUGUCAUUGACACUUUGCUGCCUCAAGAGACACCACAGAGCUCCGACGAUGAAGCACCUGAUGAAGCCCCUAUCGAACGCAAGAAAGAAGUUGAAAUACCACUGGAAUUAGUUGCAGAAGCAGCCGUUGAAAACACAGCAGCAAUAGAAGUCAAGCCACAACUGGAGAAGAAGACGACGGUCAAACGUGCUGCACCAACCAAGAAAAGGGUUCUUGGCCUAAACUACAAGCGAGCACGUCUGAUGACCAAGCAAAAUACAAUGCUGUCCAAGUUACUCGAGUCGGACAUCAGACAUGAACGGAAUGUCCUGUUGCAAUGUGUGCGCUAUGUAUGUGAGCAGAAUUUCUUUGGCCUUGGGAGCAGUUCCUCUUCCCCCACAAGAACUGAAAGCACAACGUAAUAAAUUUAACUUAAGUUUAAUAAAAGUCGUAAAUAAAA